UACCUUCAUUCCAAAUUCAAAACCAUUUCCAAUACAACCUUCAUUGAUUCUCUCUCUCUCUCUCUACUAAAACCUUCAAAUUCUCUUUCUUUCAAUAAAUCGUUUUAAAAAGAAGAAGAAUAUCAAGAAUGGAGAAUAUGUUUCGUUUGAUGGAUCAAGAUCAGGAUUUAACAACUAACCGGUGCAUUUGGGUCAACGGACCGGUCAUCGUCGGAGCAGGACCGUCGGGUUUAGCGACUGCGGCUUGUCUCCAUGAACAAAACGUUCCUUUCGUUGUUCUUGAGAGAGCAGAUUGUAUUGCUUCUCUUUGGCAAAAACGUACUUACGAUCGUCUCAAGCUUCACCUUCCUAAGCAGUUUUGUCAAUUACCGAAAAUGCCCUUCCCGGAGGAUUUCCCGGAGUACCCUACAAAGCGUCAGUUCAUCGACUACCUUGAGUCUUACGCAACCCGGUUCGAGAUCAACCCCAAGUUCAACGAGUGUGUUCAGACCGCUCGGUUCGAUGAGACCAGUGGUUUGUGGCGAGUCAAGACCGUGUCGAAGAGUGAGUCGACUCAGACCGAGGUCGAGUAUAUUUGCCGGUGGCUUGUGGUGGCUACAGGAGAAAAUGCGGAGAGAGUGAUGCCGGAGAUUGAUGGACUUUCUGAGUUUUCCGGUGAGGUGAUUCACGCUUGUGAUUACAAGUCCGGCGAUAAAUUCGCCGGGAAAAAAGUUCUAGUCGUUGGUUGUGGAAACUCUGGCAUGGAAGUUUCUCUUGACCUAGCAAACCAUUUCGCUAAACCUUCCAUGGUCGUGAGAAGCUCCCUUCACGUGAUGCCGAGGGAAGUAAUGGGUAAAUCAACGUUUGAGCUUGCAAUGAAGAUAUUAAGAUGGUUUCCUCUAUGGUUAGUCGACAAGAUAUUGUUGGUUUUGAGCUGGAUGGUGCUUGGAAACAUCGAGAAAUACGGUUUGAAACGACCCGAGAUGGGUCCAAUGGAGCUAAAGAGCGUCAAAGGCAAGACACCGGUGCUUGACAUCGGAGCUAUAGAGAAGAUCCGGUCAGGAAAGAUCAACGUGGUUCCAGGGAUCAAAAGGUUUAACGGAAACCAAGUUGAACUUGUCAAUGGAGAACAACUAGACGUAGACUCAGUUGUUCUAGCUACUGGCUAUCGCAGUAACGUCCCAUAUUGGCUACAAGAGAAUGAGUUCUUUGCAAAGAAUGGUUUCCCGAAGACAGUAGCUGACAACAAUGGUUGGAAAGGAAGGACAGGAUUGUAUGCGGUUGGGUUUACGAGGAAAGGGCUCUCAGGUGCGUCAAUGGACGCGGUUAAGAUCGCACAAGACAUAGGCUCUGUUUGGAAACUUGAAACAAAACAACCCACGAAACGCUCAAGGGGUUCUCUUCGAAGAUGUAUCUCUCAACAGUUCUAAUUUUUUAGGAAAAAAAGAUUAGAGUUUUAGGACAGAGAUCGCUGACAAAAGAGAAGAGCCCUCUCCUAAAGACCCAAAGUGAAUCAAAGGGUGUUGUGCGU